AUGGAGUACUUCCGCUUAGUGCAUAACCAUCACAAAAAAGUUUCUUAUCAAAAUAAAACAAUUCAAUGGCAACCACCUCCAAAUGGUUUCUUCAAGCUUAAUACAGACCACGCUUAUGAUGAAAACAGUAAAGCGGGAGGGGGUGGUGGACUUAUCCGAAACCAUAAUGGUGAUUGGAUUACUGGUUAUACAAUUUACAACUACACUCACUCUUCCACUCAUAUGGAAAUACUAGCCUUUUACAAUGGUCUAAGGCUAGCACUCAAUCACAAGUUAGCUCCACUUAUUGUGGAAAUUAAUUCACAGGUACUGAGCCAACUGUUAUCGUCUAAUAAUCUAGCUUUCUCACACAUGUUAAUGGAUUGCAGGAACCUACUGGAGAAGCUGGGCAGCCCACAGGUGGGCCACAUCUUUCGAGAAGCAAAUGCUGUCGCUGAUAAACUGGCCUGCUACGGGAAAGGCAGAGAUCCAUAA